AUGCGAACCUCGUAUUCACAUCCCGUAAUCUCUCUCGUCCUCGUCCUCUUUCUCCUCUUCCCAUCCCUCGUUUGUCGUGCGGACGAGACUCCCGGCAAGAGCAACCCCCCCAAGCCUCUCCGCAUCUGGUCGCCCAAGCCAGCCUCCGCCACCGCCCUGCCAGUGCUGCUCUUCCAACACGGCUUCUCCGCCCAAACUAUUUACUACUCUCGCCUGCUCUCCCGCGUCGCUUCCCACGGCUUCAUUGUUGUUGCCCCCCAGAUGUAUCCCAUAACCACCACCACCAAUGCAAUCCCUGAAAUCCUCUGGCUGCGCUCUCACCUCUCCUCCACCCUCACCCCUUCCCCCCUGUUUUUCUCCCUCUCUCCCUCCCCAUUCCUCCUUUCUCACUCCAAGAUGUAUCCCAUAACCACCACCACGAAUGCAAUCCCUGAGAUCCGUGCAUCUGCCAGGGUCAUAUCCUGGCUGCGCUCUCACCUCUCCUCCACCCUGUCCAACCGCUUCAAACUCCUUGCGUCUCCUGACUGGUCGAAAUUCGCUAUUGCCGGGCACAGUCGUGGAGGUGCUGUUUGCUUUGCCUUAUUGAGGCAGCUUAUCGUGCCUUCUCCGGUGCUUCUUAAGGCUGUUGUGCUUUUGGAUCCUGUAGAUGGUAAUCCCAAUGGUACCCGGCCUCUCCGCAUCUGGUCGCCCAAGCCUUCUACAGCCACCGCCCUGCCAGUGCUGCUCUUCCAACACGGCUUCUCCGCCCAAACCUCCUUCUACUCGCAGCUGCUCACGCGCAUAGCCAAGCACGGCUACAUCGUCGUGGCUCCUCAGGUGUGUGGAUGCGUGCAUUCGGUGUACAGAUGGGUAGGAAUGGGUUUAGUGCGGUGGUUAAGUGUGCAUCUGGUGCUGAUCUUCCAACACGGCUACUCCCAGCUGCUCACGCGCAUGGCCAAGCACGGCUACAUCUUCGUCGCUCUCCAGGUAUGCUUCGUGCUCAGAUAUCCAUUCCUAGCUCUCAGAUUUGUCACCACAUAG